GUUAGCAGAAUAGUAUGUAGUUUAGUGGGUCGUAUCGUAGUUGAGGAAUCCUAGUCGUGAGGAAGUCCCGCACGUGUGACGCACGCGAGAAAGAGCCGGAACUGUCACAGCGCGAGGACACACCACAUUCUCCAGCACAGAUGCGUGUGCUGCGUGUGUUGAUCACGUCGUUACCUUUUUCUAGACGCGGCCAACUUCGCUGUUCCUCUAGGAUUAAACACAUAAGUGCGUUGUGUGUCUGUCAGAAGCGGAUCGAAUAGUGAGGAAAGUUAGAAAAGUGUCGCGCGGCAGGGAGAGAGAGAGGGAGAGUGUGUGCGUGCGUGUGUGCGUGUGUGUGUGAGUAAGAGAGCGCGCGCGAGCCAUGGGCACUUUGAGAGACCUUCAGUACGCGUUACAGGAGAAGAUCGAAGAGCUGAGACAGAGAGAUGCGCUCAUUGAUGAACUGGAGCUUGAACUGGACCAGAAAGACGAACUCAUUCAGAAACUACAGAACGAGUUGGAUAAAUACCGCUCCGUGAUCCGACCGGCGACUCAGCGCGUGCACAAGGAAAGAGACCUGCAGGAGCAGCAGCGCACCAAGAGGCAGGCGAUCUCCGCUGAGCCCACUGCCUUCGACAUCCAGGACCUGAACCAUGUUACGCUACCCUUCUACACCAAGAGUUCACAGUCCAAGGACUUGAUCAAAGAAGCCAUCUUAGACAAUGACUUCAUGAAGAACCUGGAGCUGUCCCAGAUCCAGGAGAUAGUGGACUGCAUGUAUCCAGUAGAAUAUGGCAAGGACAGCUGCAUCAUUAAAGAGGGUGACGUAGGGUCGCUCGUCUAUGUAAUGGAAGAUGGUAAAGUGGAGGUAACAAAAGAAGGCUUGAAGCUGUGCACUAUGGGGCCUGGGAAAGUGUUUGGAGAGCUUGCCAUUCUUUAUAAUUGCACACGAACGGCCACAGUGAAGACUCUAACCAAUGUGAAGUUAUGGGCCAUCGACAGGCAGUGCUUUCAGACCAUCAUGAUGAGGACUGGCCUGAUAAAACACGCAGAGUACAUGGAGUUUCUCAAAAGUGUUCCAACAUUCCAUAGUCUUCCAGAAGAAAUACUAAGCAAGCUGGCUGAUGUCCUCGAGGAGACGCAUUAUGAAGAGGGAGAUUAUAUAAUCAGACAGGGAGCCAGGGGAGACACCUUCUUCAUCAUUAGCAAAGGAAAGGUGACCGUGACCCGAGAGGACUCUGCCAGUCAGGAUACUAUGUACCUGCGCUCUUUGGUGAAGGGCGAUUGGUUCGGAGAGAAAGCCUUGCAAGGAGAGGACAUCAGGACAGCCAGCGUCAUUGCUGCAGAGACUGUUACAUGCCUAGUAAUUGACAGAGAAUCUUAUAAGCACCUUAUUGGAGGUUUGGAGGAUGUGUCCAACAAAGGAUCAGAAGAUGCAGAGGCUAAAGCAAAGUACGAUGCAGAGAAUGCCUUCUUCUUCAACCUGCACCUGUCAGACUUCAACAUCAUAGACACACUUGGAGUUGGAGGAUUUGGACGUGUCGAAUUGGUGCAGCUGAAGAGUGAUGAGUAUAAGACAUUUGCUAUGAAGAUCCUUAAGAAGCGCCACAUUGUAGACACCAGACAACAGGAGCACAUCCGCUCAGAGAAACUCAUAAUGCAGGAAGCUCAUUCAGACUUCAUCGUCAGACUAUACAGGACCUUUAAGGACAGUAAAUACUUGUAUAUGUUGAUGGAGGCGUGUCUGGGAGGGGAAUUAUGGACCAUCCUCAGAGACAGAGGUUCAUUUGAAGAUUCUACUACACGAUUUUACACGGCAUGUGUAGUGGAGGCUUUCGCCUAUCUGCAUUCCAAAGGCAUUAUUUACAGAGACCUCAAACCAGAAAACCUUAUACUGGACCACCGGGGCUAUGCCAAACUGGUGGACUUUGGCUUUGCUAAGAAGAUCGGAUUCGGUAAGAAGACUUGGACAUUCUGUGGUACACCAGAGUACGUAGCACCUGAGAUCAUUCUUAACAAAGGUCACGAUAUCUCAGCAGACUACUGGUCCUUGGGCAUCCUCAUGUAUGAACUACUAACAGGCAGCCCUCCUUUUUCAGGCCCUGACCCCAUGAAGACUUACAACAUCAUCCUUAGAGGCAUUGACAUGAUUGAGUUUCCAAAGAAGAUUACAAAAAAUGCUGCCAAUCUCAUUAAAAAGCUAUGCAGGGACACUCCUUCUGAAAGAUUAGGAAAUCUGAAAAAUGGCGUCAAGGAUAUUCAAAAGCACAAGUGGUUUGAAGGCUUUAACUGGGACGGAUUAAGGAAGGGAACGCUCACACCUCCAAUCAUCCCUACUGUCACAUCAGCUACAGACACAAGCAACUUUGACAGCUUUCCUGAGGACAAUGAGGACCCUCCUCCUGAUGAUAACUCUGGCUGGGAUAUAGAUUUCUAAAUCUGGACACUACAAGCAAAUCCACACCAAACUAAAGACCUGUUCCACUGUUGCCUGGAACAGAGCUGCUUCUUUUCGGACAGGCUGCAUUAAAAACUGCUUGAAGAGAAAGAAAGAAAGAAAGAAAGAAAGAGAGAGAGAGAGAGAGAGAGAGAGAGAGAGAGAGAGAGAGAGAGAGAGAGAACAGACCAAUUCGAGGGAAAGAAAAACAAUUAACUUUUUUGGUCUUGCAGGAGAGGAAUUAAAGUCCCCGUGGAUUUAUGGUACACUGGACUGCAUAUACAUCAGUCCUAAUGACAAAGGGGGGCAGGGUAAUAUAUUCAUAUUGUGUGUGUGUGUGUGUGUGUGUGUGUGUGUGUGUGUUUGUGUGUGUGUGUGUGUGUGCGCGCGCGCGCGCCUGCCACAAGCCCAUCUUCACAAAGGAUAUUGUGGAUAUGUUGUAGCAGGUUGUGACCUCAACUGUUUGCUUUUACUCCGUGAUUGGAAAGUCUUUUCUAACUCUUGUGCAGACUAUUCAGUACAGUGUGCUGCACAAAACUAAAUUCAAACACUACACAUAAAGGUCAGGAAUCUGGGUGUCCAGACAGGCCUGUAAGUUAUGAUUAUAGGUUAUUCCAAAACAUGUACAUAUUAAUAUAUUACCCUAAAAUGUUAUGCUUUAGCUGAUGAGGCAGACAGCUGUAUAAUAAUGUAAGAAAUACAUUAUUACAUUAUUGUUGAGUAAAAGUUAAGGUUGAAUGGUUUGUGAUGUAACCAGCCUGUUUAUCACAGCUCCCAGUCUGCCUCAGAUUCUUGACAUUAUUAAUAUAAUGUGCCCAAGAAGCUCACUGAAUUUAGGUAAUCGGUUUUGUUUAUAAUAUGAUACAGCCUGUUAUGCUGUGUUCACAUUACAAGGUUGAAGCUGGCCCAGGUUUUUUUUUUUUUUUACUUAAAUGUGGCAUAAAUCUAUUUCUUUGAUAUUUUUAGCUUAUUGCAUAUUACCUUAAAUCAUAAAAAUACAAAAAGUCAGAUUCUUUUAAAAAUAUUUAAAAAAAAAAAAUUCUUUUAAAGGUAUUUAACAUUAUGCAUGCACACUUCACUGCUGUCUCUGCUCUCACACCCACACACCUGUAAACACAGACGUGCCAGUACGAGACGGGGAAAAGCGCAAAAGCUAUGCAGCAGGACAUUUUCUGCCUUCUUAAUCUUAUCAUGAACAGCCAACAAGCUGCCUGUUGAGCACAUGAGCAAAUAAACUUUGUGCUGAUUUGAUUGCCUUGAUAAUGAUGGAUUGUCAAAAAUAUUUAGUUUAUGUUUACAGAGCAUGAUGAUCAUUAUUGGGUCGGAAAAAGGUGUGUGAGUGCUUCAGGGUCUGAUUACAUUAAUGACAGACACGGGUCACUAACUUACGAAUGUGAGCCAUCAAAGCUGAUCAGACCUAAGCAAAUAAAAAAUGGAAUUGAGCAAUAAGUCUUGUAAUGUGAACACAGCUGUAAGGCAAGGCUGAAGUGAGACAUAAUUGUUUGUCACCAGUAACCACUGUGAUCAGGCAGGUUUUUAACAGACCUCUGAAGUGAGCUUUGAGGAAUUGAGCUUUUAACAGCCUCAUAUCUGGGUGCAUCUACUGAUAUGAUCAAAUAGCUUUAGAUGAAUUCAGGUGUUUCACAGAUACAACAUUUUACUUUAAAAUGUGCUGACCAUAAAAAGAAACAGUGCCUUAAGUCAAUGGCAUCCUAAUCCUCUCUAUUGAUCUGUGUGCUGCACCAAAGCCUCAACGCUCACCAUAACAACACAACAAUUUCCUCUAAUACUGCAAGCAUAUUUUAGACAAUCUAUAGUGAAAAGUCACUUACCUUUUUUAACUUAAUCUGCACACAGCUUGACACUGUGAAAUUGGACAGAGACACAGAAUUACAUGUUGCUAAGGCAUGAUAAUACCGAUGCCUCAGUAUUUUUAUGUGGCUUGACCGGCAGCAUAGAUGAAAACUAAUAGCACUGCAUUUUCUGUUUCAUCCUGUUUGUGAAUUUGUACUGAGCUCCAGUAAUCAAUGCUGAAUAUUAUACCAUAUAGCAUACCAUGUCUUACGAAGCUGCAUUGAAGUGCCCUCCUCAUCCAAGUCCUCCCUUCUCUACUUACUGAUCUGACAUAGUCACUGCAACUAAUCCAAGAGGAGACGGCAAUCAUGAUUUGCAGUAAAUUGCAUCUAAUGCCUACUAUACAGCCCAAAAUGGACACAAUAUAAAACUAGGACAUUAUUUAUCUUUUUUUUUUUUUUUUUUUUGGUUUCUUUGGUUGUUUUGACUCCAGUGUUUGGCAAGGACAUGAUUCAUCUGUUAAAUAUCAGCAGUGUAAUUUCUACGUCCUUGAAAAUGUUCCAGCCCUGUAUAAGAAUAAUAAACAUUUCUUGAUUUGCAUAAAGAUUUGUUGUAAUAUUGUACAUGUUCAUCACAUUAAUUGUAAAGCUGUUCAGCCCUAGCAGGCAUUAGCAAUGGUAUUGAAAAACAUUAAUAUAUAAUGCCUUAGAUUAUACAAUAUUUGACAUUUCUUCAUGUAGUAAAAGAACCAGUCUUAAGUGUCUUAACUCUUUCAAAUGCCUUUACUGUCCAAAUCUGCACCACAUUUUUUUCUUUCUUUCUUUCUUUCUUUCUUUCUUUCUUUCUUUCUUUCUUUCUUUCUUUCUUUCUUUCCUUUUUUCUGAGUGGCGUGAAUUUUUUGCCAAAAUGUUUAUUUUAUAUGACUGUAUUCUGAGGUCCUUGUAGUGCAUUGCCACUUGGAGAGUGGCUGCUGUUAACUUUAUAAAGCUGAAAUAAAGUCAAAUUACUUUUAA